CCUCGCCCCGUUUAGAUCUUUCUUUCUAGACCUGUUUCUGUUUCUCUUGCUUUUCCUCUUCUUCCUUUUGAUACCCAGUCCCAACUCCCUUUCCGUUUGAGCUUUCUUUACCUGUCAGCCAUCAUAUACCAGUGACCGCUCUCAUGUCUAGUGCUGGCGUCGACCUCUACGAGGUCUUGGGCAUCUCCAAGGGUGCUUCCAAAGAUGACAUCCGCAAGGCUUAUCGCAAGGCCGCCUUAGCGAACCACCCCGACAAAGUCGCAGAGGCCGAGCGCGAAGACGCCGAGGUCCGAUUCAAGGCCGUCCAGGAAGCCUACGAUAUUCUUUACGACGAAGAGAAACGCGAGAUCUACGAUGCCCAUGGCAUGGGCGCCUUCAACGGCUCCGGAGAGCCUGGCAUGGGCGCGGGCGGGCCCGACUUGGACGAUAUCCUCGCGCAGAUGUUUGGUAUGGGCGGCAUGGGCGGCAUGGGCGGGAUGCCCGGAGGCCCGCAGGCGCGUAAGCCGCGGAGAAGCCCCAACGAGGAGCAGAAGUAUGAGGUGCGGCUGGAGGAUCUCUACAAAGGCAAGACGGUCCGGUUUGCGGUCACCAAGAACGUCAUCUGCUCCCUGUGUCAUGGGAAGGGAGGAAAGGAGCGCGCGACUGCGAGGCAGUGCGCUACGUGUGACGGCCAAGGUGUGAGGCAGGUUCUGAGGCAAGUGGGGCAGUUCAUGUCCCCGAGUAUGGUUACCUGCUCGACGUGUAGCGGCCACGGCGAGUAUUUCAUCGAUAAGGAGAAGUGCAAGAAGUGCAAGGGAAAGAGGACAUCGGAGGCGAAGAAGAUGUUGGAGAUUUACAUUCCUCGCGGGGCUAGGGAAGGAGAUAAGAUCAUCCUGGAAGGCGAAGCCGAUCAAGUGCCGGGCCAGGAACCCGGAGACAUUGUCUUUCACCUGGUGGAGGAGGAGCACGAGACAUUCAGACGGGCUGGCUCGGAUCUGACCGCCACGAUCGAUGUCACGCUGGCGGAAGCGCUGACGGGCUUCUCUCGGGUGGUGGUCAAGCACCUCGACGGACGCGGAAUCGAAGUCACCCACCCCAAGACUCCCGGCGAGGUGCUGUCUCCGGGCCAGGUCCUGAAGGUCCCCGGGGAGGGAAUGCCCGUCAAGCGCGGCGAUGCGCGUGGCGACCUCUACCUGGUCGUCAACGUCAAGUUCCCCGACGCGAAGUGGAAGCCCAGUGCCGCGGUCCUGGAGCACCUCAAGGAGAUGCUGCCCAAGCCGGAUGCUCCCAUCACGGCGGAGACGGUGGACGAGGUCGAGUAUGACCCCAAGGGCAACCUGGACGACUUCGGGGCCAACGACCCGGAAGGCGGAUCGGCGUGGGAGGAUGAUGAGGAGGAAGGCGAGACGGCGCAGUGCGCGACGCAGUAGUCUCUCUCUCUCUCUCAUUCUCUCUUCUCACACGCGUUGCGUUGUAGCCGUUGCCUGGGCUUUCCCCUUUCCGAGGACAUGAUACUGAUACCUUUUUUUUGUUCGCUCCUCUCAUGAUGAUAGAAUCGUUGGCUGCUUCUGGCUCCGCUCCUCCUCCUCUCCUCCUCCUCUCUGGCAUGGUGGGCGUUUCGGGAAGACUUUUGAUGGAUUGAUGGAUUAUUAAAAAAAAUGCAGAGUUAUGAAGAUGAUGAGCGUGAAUUGAAAAGUUGUUUAUAUACUUAGCUACCUUAGCCAUUACUUCCCCAAAC